UACAGUUCGCAAUGUAAUGCUCGCUGAUUACUUUCGUUGUUAAGGUCAUGUGUCUGCCCAUAAGUGUAUGUGCAAAUAAAGAAUCAACCGAGUGUAAACGCUAUCUACGUUGAAAAUACGUUUAUAAAGAACAAAACGAAAACGAGAAAGCAAAGAUCAGGAGAUACACUAUGAAGACGAACUUAGCCUUCGUGUUAUUGGGACUCAGCCUGUGUGUUCAGGGUGUGGUCUCGCAAUCUGCUAUACCACAGACGACCUCAUCUGACGAACCUUCAUGCAAAGUGAAACUCGAGCGGUACUCCGGAAUCUCAAACAUUCGGCCGUCUAUUCCAAAAAGUCAUGCCGCACUUCUUUUACUCUUGGGGUUCGCCGGAUUCUCACUUCUUAUCGCCGGCGCUUACAAGGCAUCCCGGAAGUACGUUUUUCAUGACGACGGAAAUUUUGACACUGCGUUUGACGCAGGAGGACGCGUCAGCCUUAGUCUUACCGCAGUCACUGUGACGUCACAAAUGUUAUGGCCAGCAGAUUUUUUGCAAGGCACAACGUUGACAAGCAAGACGGGUAUCGGUGUCAGCUUGUGGACAUCAAUUGCCAUUGUUGUCGACAUUCUUCUGUUUCCAAUGUUGUCGCUUUACUUGAAAUCCCGUGCUCCAGGAGCGAAAACGUACCCUCAGAUUGCGUAUGCUAGAUUUGGAAAGUCGGCCCACAUUUUGUUCUGCUGUGUUGCCAUUUUCUCAAGUGUUAUAGUGACAACAAGUGUUCUACUUGCCGGGAAAUCAACAUUUGAGGGUCUUGUUAAGGACACAAACAACGAGUUCAUAUUUCUCGUAUUAGCCGUUCUGUUUGGGUCAUACUGCAUGAUAGGCGGUCUCGGCACAACGUUCUAUAUAUCUUACUUGAACACAGCUCUUACCUUUGUGGCUUUGUCCGUGUAUAUCCUGUACUCAGUUUAUUUUCCACCGGAUGAAAAUAAGUCAAUCGCGUCAAUCGAUACUUUAUACAACGCCGCAGUUUGUGUCGAAGGACCGGACGGUAACUAUAGCAACUCAUUAGCAACGUUCCGUUCAAAAUCCGGAAUUGUCUUUGGCGUUGUUCUUCUUAUCAUGGCAACUUCGAUCAGUUUCACUGACCAAGCCAACUGGCAGAGCCGUAUUGCAGCCAAACCUGCUCAAGGAGUCAUAGGCUUCUUUCUAGCAGCGUACAUCUGGUUUGUCGUGCAACCAGUUCUUGCCGUCACAACAACCAUGUCCUACUUUUCGCUGAGUCUUCCGAAUUCGACCCAUAUACUAUCCUCGCAAGAAAUUGACAGUGGUUAUAUUACGCCGUACGUGAUGAGUUUCCUAAUGGGAGACACUGGUGCAUAUCUUUUGCUGACUAUGGUGAUGAUGGCUCUUAUGUCUACCGGAUCUGGGGAAGUAAUGGCAAUAUCGUCCAUCAUAGUUUACGAUAUCUACAAGACAUACAUUAAUCCCUUCAGGAAGCUAAACUCCCCAUCAUGCUGUUUGCUUUGCGGUAAAGAGAAGCAAUUAAUAGAAACAACGGGGAGUGAUUCAUCGAUGCUGUGUACGUGCACCUCAGUUAUUGGAUGCAUGGCAUGCGAAGAAGAUGUAGCAGCUCGCGAAAAACAGGGAGCAGAAAAAGUCACGUACACAUGUUCGAUACAUGGCAAGUACAGAAAGUAUGAGGACGGGCUUAUGAGAUACAAGUCUUGGUGUAUGGUGUGGGUCGUCAUUUUAAUCGUACCGUACGGUCUUCUUGUAUCCGAAACCAACAUGAACGUCAACUGGGCGACUCUGAGUUUACAAGUGUUGACUUGCCCAUUUUUGGUCCCUCUGAUAUCAACGAUAUCUUGGUCCAAAACAACUUCCAAAGGCGUCAUUUCUGGUUGCGUUACUGGCCUUGGUGCAUCUGUAGCUGGUAUGAUGAUUAUGGGGUCUACUUACGAAGGCGGACUCGUUAAUUUCUAUGUGAACACCGCACAUGAUUACAGUCUUUUGACUUCCAUGAUUGCCGGUUUAGUCACAAGCGCGAUUGUGACAAUAGGCGUAUCCCUCUGUACCAACACAAUAAGGUCAGAAGAAGACAGCGACAUGGAAUGGGCUAAAACGAUUAGCAUUGACAACCCUCUGAGUCCGUUUCGUUUGGUCUACGAGGAAGAACUGGCUAAACUUGAUGUCAAUACCAUAAUAACAGCAAGAAUUAUGGAUAAAGUAUUCAGAAAAGCUCGUUUGGUCGCAGUGUUGGGCGGGGUACUGAGUCUCGUCUUAUUCGUCGUGAUACUUCCGGCAGUUGCGCUUAGUUUUGAUGUCCUUUCGUUGGGUCAGUUUUCAUCAUGGCUCAAAACGUACCAGAUAUACUGCUUCGUGUGCACAUUUGUUGUGGUUGUUUUUCCUCCGUUUGAAGAAGGCUAUCAAAUAUGGAAAAGAUGUCAAAAAAACAAAGCAAAUACAUCCAAUCAGAAUAGGCAAAGGGCCUGUUAUUCAGGAAAUACGAAUGAAAUGAACACCUAUUUAGAGGUCGAAAAGAUUUAUCGGUUUUGAUAAGUUUGAAACAAUCCAGCUUGAAGUUAUGAUGAUGAUGAUUAUUAUGAUGAUGAUAAUGAUGAUGAUGUCCAUGUCGAUGAUAACGUCGAUGACGAUGAUGUCAAAACUUGGCAUAUUACGACACAAUUAGUCAUCGUCAUGAUUUGUUUAUGCCUCAUGUUUAAAAUUCACGAGAUUCUUUUAUAACAUAAGAAAGGGAAAUCUUGUUUUCUUAAACAUACCAAAUUCCUCAGUACGUACCACUAUACUUUCAUGAACAUUCAGUCAUGACCUGAAUUGUAAUUAAUCACAUUAACAACGGAUUAAAAUAUGACCUUAAAAUUACUUCAAUCACAUGAUUCAUCUUUGCGCUCCAUAAAAUUAUUCAGACCGCACGUUCGUAGCUUAAGGGGACCGGUUCAUUAACGAGAGCGCCGACGGCGUUGAAAGUCUCUUGGCAAAAUACCGGGAUGUUUUUUGCUGAAAUAAAUGUUAAAACAAAGUACACAUAAAUGAAACAAGAAGAGUUGAAAUAUUGCUAACCCUCCUAUAACAAUCGGAAAAUCAGAAAUAUGUAUCAAGGGAGCUUGGUAUUUUGCGAGCAAGUAAAUGCCCGAAUGUAAAUGUUAUUUCUGAUUGGCUAGACGUUUAUUAAUGCUCUUGUUUUAAUUAACGUUAUAAUUACAUCAUUAUUAUUUACAAGACUGAACGACCUUUUUUUCGGAAGCUAAGGUCAAAGUUAUAUAUUUGUUUUUAUUAUUUUGUUACUAUUCAUUUAUUCAUGAUUAUAUUUUGCUACGAUCGCUUCAUUUUCAUUUAAUCAGAAAGGAACACUU